UAAGGUUCUGUAACGUGGACCAUGAAACCGGAUACUCGAGUCACCGGAGUGUCCUGCUUCUCUCGGUUCUUCUUUUCCCUUUAGUAAAAUUAGGGUUUUUUGAAGAAGACGAAUUCAUCGACAAGGCGAUGGCUUCUUUGUUCAAGGAGCAAGCUAAGCUCUCGGCUUAUCGAGAUAGAAGAUUUUCAGGAACACAAGAGGAGUUCGAUGAGGCGUUGAGGACAUCUUCGACUGUUUACAUUGGCAAUGUGUCUUUCUACACUACUGAAGAACAGCUUUACGAGCUCUUCUCUAGAGCAGGAGAGAUUAAAAAAAUCAUCAUGGGUUUGGAUAAGAACACUAAGACACCCUGUGGCUUUUGUUUCGUCCUGUUCUACUCGAGAGAAGAUACUGAAGAUGCAGUCAAAUACAUAAGUGGGACUAUUCUGGAUGACCGGCCCAUUCGUGUGGAUUUUGAUUGGGGAUUCCAAGAAGGAAGACAAUGGGGACGUGGUAGAAGCGGUGGUCAGGUUCGAGAUGAAUACCGUACAGAUUACGAUCCUGCUAGAGGUGGUUAUGGAAAAUUAGUUCAGAAGGAACUUGAAGCACAAAGGCAGCUUGUAGAUUACGGUACUGGCUCAUUGGGAUCUUAUCAACAAGCUGCGCCAUCGAAUUAUGGAAGGCGUGGCGGAUAUAAUAAUCAAGGAGGCUCGAAUCGCCAGGGAAGAGGAGGAGCAGACUACCAUCGGAAACGUCAAAGAGACGAUGAUCGUUAUGGACGUGACAACUCAAGAAGAAACACAGAUCAUGAGACUAGGAGAGAUACUGAUCAGGACAUGAGACCGGAGAAGAACCCACGAUUCCGUGAGAGCGGUGACUCCGAUGAUGAAGGUGAAGAUGAUCGGAAGAGAAGAUCUUAAAAACCAACUUUAGCAUUUACCAAUGUUGCUGAAGGAUCAAUGUAAACUUUUAGAUUUAUGAGUCUGAACUCAAUUUGGGUUUUCUAGACUUUCAUUACAGCCUUUAUGAAGUUGGUGUCAUCCCAUAUGAGUGUACAACCUUUUCUCGAUCAUCGGAAAUAUCAUUACUAGACUUUUGGGCC